AUGCAGAGUUGCUUCAAAAUUUGUAGAUGCGCAGGGGAUCAAAAGGUGACUUAUGUUGCUACAACCUUUGUGGACUAUGCGUUGCAUUGGUGGGAGUGUGAAUGUGCAAUCAGAGGUAAUGAGGAUAUUGUUGCCAUGACUUGGGAGCAAAUGAAAAAGACGAUGAUGGAUAAGUACUGCUCGCAAACGGAGGUAAACAAACUAGAAUCCGAAUUUCUGAGAUUAAAGCAAGGAUCGUUGUCAGUUCAAGAAUAUGUUAAUGAUUUUCUUGAAAAAGCAAGAUUCGCCAGUUACCAGAUGGCUACUGAGGAGAGGAAGAUAGGUCGCUUCAAGGACGGCUUAAGAAUAGAAAUCAAAUGGUACAUAGACAUGACCAAGCCGACCACGUUUGUCCAAGCAGUAGAGAUGGCAAAGGUAGCAAAAGAGAACAACGCUAGGGAGAAUUAUGAUAGAAGGGAUGCAAAGAGAAAAUGGGAAGGGUCGAACAGGCCCGACAAGAAACCAAAAUGGACUUCGACCACGGCAAAAACACGAAGCGAGGAACUCACUAUUCCCCGAUGUAACAAAUGCAACAAGAGACAUAGGGGAGAGUGCAGAGCGGGGAGCCUGACGUGCUACAAAUGUGACAAGCCUUGGCACACCGCGCGAGAGUGCCCAGAUAGAAAACUUGUUACGAAUGUGGGGCUACGGGACAUAUACGACCUGGCUGCCCAAAACGUCGGAAUAGUGUGA